AGUUAUGUAACAUAAAGUAACAUAAAAUAACAUAAACUAUCAUGUAAGAGGUAAUUUUCUCUUUUUAUAAAAUACUUAUACAUUAUGGCACUUUUUCGGACAAUAAUCAAUAUUUCAAGUUCACCUUUAUUUAAUAUUAACAAACAUGUCAGCAAUUUUCAAAAAAUACCAAUAUUUUGUAAUAUCUUUAAACAAAACAUUAGAACCUAUCAAAUUGGAAAAUCUAAAAGAGAAAUGUUAACAUUUAAUAAAGAGCAUAAAUAUAUAUCAGGAAGCUGUAGAAAAUUACCUCUUACUCGAAUAGAACCUUCUACCGGACAGCCCUCUAAAUGCUUAGAAGACUACAGUAAACCAAAAAGAAGUUUAUUGAAAUUUCGUAAGUCUCCACCUGUAAUUAAAGAAAAACCUACUAAUUGCAAAAAGGUUGAACCCAUAAAAGUAAAACCAUCUUCUUGGAAACGUUUUUUUGGAAUUGACUCAAAGAAAACCUGUCCAUCAUUAUGUAUCUGUCCAAUAACUUAUCAGAAACAAAUGGCAUUACGCAAGCAAGAUCCACGCUUGCUAAAUCCAUGUUAUCAGUCAACUCUUGGAGAUGUGUUAAUUUAUACAGAAAUAAUUAAAACUAAUAACCACGAAUGUCCUGAACCGCAGCCAAAACCACAUCGUUCAUAUAAAAUUCCUAGAGCUGUCUUAAGUAAAGCAAUCAUAGCAAAUAUUGGAAAAAAAUUACGUCCUUAUUCUGGCUUACAAUGUCAAAACCAUAAAUGCAAGAUUAAUCAAUUUCAACCAAAUUCAAUUCCUUUCAAAGAAAUGAGACCAAUAGUGAAAGAAAAAUGUGCAUUCACUUGCAAAGAUGGAAUUACGACUAAUAAUAUUAUGCAACCUUUUAAUACAAAAAUGAAUUCGUAUGGAAAAUCUUUCGUAAAAGUCAUAAGAAAUCCUAAACAUUCGUUAGAUGAAAAUUUACAAACCACAUGUGAUACUGAAAAAUUAAUUAAAUCAACGAAUGGAACUGAAAGAUUAAGUAGAUUAACAUGUGAAACUGAAAAAUUAACUAAAUUAACAUGUGAAAUUGGAAAUUUAACUAAACCAACAUGUGAAACUAAAAAAUUAAUUAAAUCAACAUGUGAAACUGAAAAAAUAUCAAAUGAAAAGAUAAAGGAUCGAAAGGAUGAUUUACAAUCGAAUGACAUAAAAAAUUGAUAGAAUAUAAUUAAUCAUAUUUCACUAUAUUUGAUUAUUGAAAAAUAUUCAUAACAAUUCUUUUGUAUACAGUGCAAAAAAUCAAGAAAUUAAAACAAAAGAAGUCUGAAUUUUCAAAUAAUUUUACUCGACCAAUAAAAAUGCACAGUUUAAAAUUAUACUGUAGAACAGAGGGCGCCACAUAACAGAUAACAGAGUAAAAACUAACCAAACCAUCUAAUACGUAAAAUCAUUUUUCGUGAUAAAAAGUUAAAUAGAAUAAUUGUAAUAAGUUAUUUUGGCAACACAAUAAUAAUAAUAAAUUCGAAGAUAUUCAGUAAUAAGUA